GCAUUAACAUCAACUCUGAGCGCAAAUCCCCUAGACAGGCAAGGUCAGAUAAGUGUCGUAUCGAAGCAUGGCAGCACCUCUCUAUACCACAGCCUCUGGCUUGCUGUUUCAUGCUGGUAAGAUCCUCAUCUUAACAGUUGGCCUACCUGCUCGUGGCAAGACACACAUUUCCCGCGCGCUCGAACGUUAUCUCAGAUGGAUGGGCGUGAAGACUCAGGUCGUAUCUCUGGGUGACUAUCGACGGAAGAUCCUUGGCGGUACCAAAAAACUGCCGCCGGAUUACUUCACGUUAGGUGAAAAGAGUCCAGAGACCAUGGCGUUACGCAAGGAAAUUUCAGACGGCUGCGAAAAGCUCAUCGAGGACUUCUUUGAGUCCGGUGGACAGGUUGUAAUCUAUGAUGCUAACAACGGAUCGCGAACGGUGCGGCAGGCUCUGGCGGAGAAAUACGAUAAGCAGGGAGUUCAUGUUAUCAUCCUUGAGUCCGUGUGCGAUAACAAAGAGAUUAUUGAAACUAAUAUCCGGAACGUCAAGAUAUCCUCUCCUGAUUAUCGUGGCUGGGAUCCAGACAAGGCCGUAGAAGAUUACUAUGGUCGCAUCCGUGAUCGCGAAAAAUCAUAUGAAACGGUUGAAGAAACUACUUGGCCAUUUAUCCGUAUAAUAAAUGUAGGCGAGAAGAUCAUGGUCAACAACAUUCGUGGCUAUUUGCAGUCGCGGAUUGUCUUCUUCCUCAUGAAUAUCCACAAUCGACCCCGCAUGAUUUACUUUGCUCGGUCCGGACAAUCACUCAUUGAACAUUCUUACAAAGCCGACUCGGAUCUUUCUCCGGCGGGGUGGGAAUACUCUGAGCGGCUGAAAGAGUUCGUGGUCGAGCGACGUGCCAAAUCACUCGAGCAGCGUGGAUUCGACCCCGAUGACAGACGCCUAGUUAUAUGGACCUCUACUCGGCGUCGUGCUCAUCACACUGCUUGGCCAUUCCUGACCGCGACACGAGCUUCUUCAAUUCCGCAACAACUCCACAUUGCUGCUUCUCAUCUCACCGUGCCGCCACAGUCGGCGGUUGCCCGGAACGUGGUUACCACAGACGCAACUGGAGAGCUGAUAGAAACAAAAGCUACCGCUGGCUCGUCUUUGAAAGUCAAGGUGAUCGAGAAAACGCAGAUGUCCGAGAUCAAUCCCGGGGUCUGGGACGGCCUCACUCCCGAUCAGGCGAGGAAGUUUUAUCCAGAGGAAUGGGCAAGAUUCGUCAAAGAUCCGUACGCGUUCCGUGCUCCCAGAGCAGAAAGCUAUCACGAUUUAUCCGUUCGCCUAGAACCAAUCUUGAUCGAAUUGGAGCGCGAGAAAGAAGACCUUCUGAUUAUCGGACACUCUUCUGUUAUCCGAUGCCUUCUGGCGUAUCUGAUCGGGUUGCCUGCGAGCGAGAUUCCUGCAAUUGAAAUUGCAAGAGGUGACUUGUUGGAAGUUGUUCCGACCUCCUAUGGAGUGCACAGCCAAGCCUUCCACUUCUGGGAUGGUCCUGGUCGACGGGGUGAAGGCAUUGAUGGAGACGGGGAGGAAGAAGAUGAGACAAACUUUUACGAAAAUUAUGCAGAGGACACGAAGGGGAAAAAACGGGUGACCACUGUUGAUCUGGGGUUCCUUACCCCCAGUUUUCGAGAAGACUGCGGAGGAUCUCCAGUGGAAAGCUGACUUGCACCCUUAGCAAUAUCUCAGGAAUGUAUAUACCUGUGAUGUGAAGCAGAACGUGCACAUAACCCUUACAUAUCGGACAGCGUCAUGUUACUGUGUACCUUAUAUCCACACCUCCACUCUCCAAAUGACGCAGACUGAAUUACUUGAAAAGUUC